UCACGGUCAUCAUGCAGCCAAAGUCGCAACAGUCGUGAGUGGUCAGUGAGUCUGAUGAGUUGUGAGUCUUGAGUCAGGCGCCGUAGAUCAGGGCUCACGACUUUUGGCUCGGUGUACCAUGCUUGAUGCUUCCCCAUCACAUUGCAUCCCACCACUCGCUUCGGCUCCAGAUUGCCUAGGCUUGGUUCCUACUCAAGUGACUGUUACCGCGGCGGACGUCGCCUGCAAGCAUCGGGCAGGAUGUCGACAUGUCCUCGAUGUGCACUUCGAGUCCUUGUCCCUCUGCGCAGGCGUGAGCUGUGCACAUGGAGAAGAGCGGGAGCAGACGACACUGUUCGUCUCACACGGCUUUUUGUCAGGCGAUCAUCAACGAGCGCACAGUCUCCCAUACACGGUCCUCGCUGCCGCCCCCGCUCUCUUCAAGGAGCAUCCCUCACUUCAACAUCGCAAGCUGCUACCUCGACACCCUCCACACCGUCCGUCGCGGGACUUGCAGCUGUCCAAUCAUUCUCUGACCUGUCAAAUGCGCGGCACGAUUCUCGGCAGAAUAAGGUGGAUGCCGUUUGCAAGUCGCGGGAUGCGGGUCUUGACGGGCAUGGCUUGAGAGAGGAUGAAAGCUGGAAAGGCAGUUCGGACAGAAAACGGUCGGUCAAGGCCAAGGACGUGGCGAGGCAAGAAAAACAUCAGCAGAGCAUUGUGCCAAUUUUGUAUCUAUCCAGCAACGCUUCGUCGCAGCAGCAGCAUCCAUUCGAUUUGCAUUCCGAUAUCACGGUCAAAGGACUUCGAUACAUGUGUCAAGAGCGCGCUUCUUCCGACCCCCUCUCCUCUUUUCAAAUAUUCGACAGAUUGCUCAGAUUUGUUGGUGAUCAUUGGAGGGAGAACUUGGUCAGGCCUGCAAAGAUACAGGAAGCUUUCAGGUUGAUGGGUGGGUUUGCGAGGGAAGAGGAGCAAGUGAUGAGCAUGUAUGAGUUGAUGAGGCAGGUGGCUAGAGCUAUGAGUCAGCCGUUGCUGGUCGGAGAUGGUGCGGAUGAUAUGGUGGAGAGCCUGUGCACCCUCGGCUUUCCAGAGUUGGCGUUGGAUGCUCAGCUCAAAGAGGGCGACGGAAGCUGCGCGAUAGGCUGGAACAUGUCCAGAUUGUACUUUGCAGUGUCCACAAUGUUUGUCAAAGCUUCUACUGGCAAGCACGGAGAUCAGGAUCUGCUCAACAGUGCAGGAUUGCCAGGCAUGCCAGAAGCUCAAGAUGCCGACGAUUUCUUGGAGAGGAUUAUCCAAACCAAAGGAGGAGAUCCGAGGACCGUGCGGUCAAUCUUUAGUCGAGAGGUGACUUCACAUUCUUCCGGCGUAACGGACGCGAUGCAGGGAGGAUGGAUGAGCGCUGCGCCUAUCCGAAAGACGGGAGAGAGCAUGCAAGACUUCGAAAAGAGAACGGCCAGACUUGGAAUGUUUAGAAGAUUGGUGCCGUUGGUGUACGUCAGUCCUUCGGUCAGGUUGGAACAUCGAACAUCCGCGUUCGAGCCGUACGAUCCCUACAUUCUUCUGAUCAGCUGCGCCACACUCAUACAAGCCGAUCCAGCGCGCAAGAGACUCAUCCACAGGAUGCUCAGGGCUCUCAAUGACUCGAUCAUUGCGUACGGCAAUUAUUCGAAAGCGCAAGAAAGAAAUGUGAGGGAUAGUUGGAAGGCUAUGAGCAGAUCUCGACAGAACAUCUUGACUUUUGAAAAGGCUUGGGGUCUUGUCAAACGUUGGAUGGAUGAGAACGAUACGAGCACGGAUAGGGAAGCGUGGAGGAAGGGCGACUGGUUCGUGUCGAGGGACUUCUUUCUGUCCAGAUUCCAAGAUUAUCCGCUUACUAAGAAGAGCGAGGCUGUGGUCAAUAGACUGUGGAAAUCGACGUGAGCUUCGACGACGACGAUCUUCCGGGAUGAGAUGCUGUAUUUAGAGGCGCAUAUGUAGCAUAGUCACCAUCAUCACACCUGUAUGCAUCAGACAUUG